GAAAUUUCUUUUUGUUUUUGCGUUUGCAAAAAAUUCGCAAUUUUGCACAGAAAUAAGAUUUGUAUAAAUUUGCCGGCAACUUUGGAGAAAUCAUCAGUAAACAGCUGAGUUCCAAACUGAAGCCAUCACCACUGCCAAGCUACAAUAUGCGUGCCUUUAUCAUCCUUUGCUCCGUCGUCUCUGCGACCUAUGCAGCCAGUCUUGGCUACAAUUAUGAGGUCAACAACGUUGGUGGCCACAUUGGCGGCCCCAGCUAUGGUGGUCAAGCUCUAGGCGGUCCCAGUUAUGGCGGUCAAGCUUUGGGUGGUCAAAGUUACGGCGGUCAAGCUCUAGGUGGUCAAAGUUAUGGCGGUCAAGCUUUGGGUGGUCAAAGUUACGGCGGUCAAGCCCAUAGUGGUCCAAGUUUCGGUGGUCAAGUUGCUGCUGGUCCAAGUUUCGGCGGUUUUGCGCCUGCAGGUCCCAGCUACAGCGCUCCCGCUGCUGCCCCAGCUCAAGCUGAGGUUAACAAGGAAUUCUUCACCUACACCGCACCCGAACAUGAGUUCAAUGAUGCUGGUGAUGCCGGUGAUAUUGCUAACUCCCUCAAGAAGAACUUGCGUGUUAUCUUUAUUAAGGGACCUGAAAACUCUGGACUCGAGAACGCUGCUCUGCAAUUGGCUAAAUCUGCUGGCGAAGAACGCACUGCCAUCUAUGUGCUCAACAAACAAGCUGACAUCGGCGAUUUGGCUAACCGUUUGCAAUCACUCAACCACCAAAGCGCCCACAAACCCGAAGUACACUUCGUCAAGUACCGUACCCCAGCUGAUGCUGAAAAUGCCAAGCAAGCUAUCCAGGCUCAAUACGAUGGUUUGGGCGGUAACACUAGCAGCCACAAUGGUGGUGUUGCACCAGUCUUGGACUUCGCCUCGAAGGCACCAGUUGCACCAGCUGCUCAACAGUAUGGUGGCUCUCCAGUCGGUGGUGUUGAGAACACCUAUCUGCCACCAAACAAAGUCUAAGUGCGCUAAUGAGUUGUCAAAUGAGUGCGGCAGACGAUUUCUGCCAUUAGUUAGAUUGUUGAAUAUUUUCUAAGUCCCAUUGUUCCUUAAUGAUAACAUCGACAUGUUAAUUUGUACGUAGCUAUGUAACUUAAAAACCAAAAAUAAAAAAAAUAAAUUUUAUGAAACGACUUAAAGCUUAAUUCGAAAUAA